CGCACGAUAAUGACGUUACUAAUGACAUAACCCGGACUCCUUGCGCCACUGCUGGUGACGACAAUAUUCCGCGCCUUCCAAUGCUAAUUCCAUGUGAAUGUCGCCGGGUCCGAAAUCCUGAAAUCGAAAUUAACAAGUCCUCACCUCAUUCUCAUUGUCUCUCUUGCCCUCAUUCUGUCUCUCUGUCACCAGCUUCCUGUUAGAGCUGUUCGACCGCUAUGUGGGAGUCCUGAUUUCUAGCCACUCAUUAGCUUUGCUGAAGAUUCUCCCAAAUGGCCAGCAGGUUUUUGAGCCGGUGCACUCGCCUCUUGGCCGUCUGCCCCCAGGCCUCUUCAGCCACCGGUCGUCUUCAUACUCUCACAGCUCACACGUUCACAGAGCCUCCACCACGAUCCCGAUCCCAGUCCCUAAUCCUACCCUCCGUCAGGCCCCUGAACCUGGGUGCGGGUCCAGCACAGGCAGAUGAGCCAACCGUCACAUUUACACGCACUGAACUGGAUAUUCUUGUCGAGAAGGCCACCACACCACAGGAAGUGUUGUCGUUAUGGGCGGAACGAGGCGGCACCGCCAAUCAAGCGGGCAUGUGUCUGGUCCAAAUCGGCCGAUUGGCAGUGGAAAAGAAAGAUCUCGACAGGGGGAAUAUCCUUAAGGACCCUCGCUGUGUGGAUCUGCUGGAGGCUUUGCACUCUCAGGUGAAUGGGAUAUGGAAUGGCACACUGGUGUCUGUCUUGCGUGCUCUCUCCAUUCUCGGUGUCACAACCAGCACUCCGGUGAUGUCGUCUCUCCAGACAGAAGCACUGUGGAGGCUCCGGCGCUUCAACUACCGCCACCUUUCCUCUCUGGCAGACUGGGCAUCAGGGUGGAAGAAUCAGGGACAGGGGGAUGAGCUACUGACAUCUGUGUUAAAGCAACUGGAGCUGCGCUGGACAGAGCUGAACGAUCCACGCACUGUCACCAUGCUCAUGAGCCGGGCCGCAAGACUCUCCCCUCUACUCAUGGAAAAGCUGGAAGAUAAGGCCCUGGAGUUGGCGGAGAAGUUCAGCACUGAUGACAUCCGCAGAGCGACGUUAGCCGUGGCGUUGCAGGGCCGCCGAUCAGUGCCACUCCUGAGAGCAUUGUCCUACCACCUGCACCAGAAACCCUCUUCUGAACUCAGUACACCACUGCUGCUGGACAUUGUGUUUGCUUUCGGUAAGCUGAAUUUCCACCAGACUCAAGUGUGCCAGAGGCUGGCUGCUGAGCUUCUGCCUCGAUUACCAGAGAUGAGCGCCAUCGAAGUCAUGCGCUGUUCAAAGUCUCUAGCCUUCCUGAAGUGGCUCCACGUGCCUCUGUUCGAGGGAUUUACCCAGCACUUUGUAAAAAACAGAGAAAAGUACAGCGUGUUACAGAUGUGUAACCUCCUCAUGGCCUUCGCCAAGCUCAACUUUCAGCCCAGUAACAAGGAGCAAUUUUACACAAAGGUUUAUGAAGCUUUGGAAAGCUCCUGGCAGAGCUUGGAACCUUUUGUACUGACCGAUGUAGUCUGGGCUCUCUGCGUUUUCCAGCAGGCUAAACCAGAGUUUAUUGCCGCUAUUACCGAUCCUGCGUUUCACAGCAAAGUUACAGGUGGCGGUGGUGCCCGUGCAGAGAACUACACCUUGAAGGUGCUUCAUAUUGCAGCUUCAGGACAGCUAGAAUCUGGCAUCAGUGCCACUGUGCCUCUUCCAGCAGUCCACGAAACACAGGCCAAGCCCAGCGUGACCCCUCUUCAGAGCACCCUACACAAAGCCCUCCUGAUCCUCACAGAAAAUCGCUCAGAAGCCCUGCGCAAAGACAUCAGCACGGUGUACGGGUGGAAUAUAGAUGCAGAAUUGGUGGUGAAUUCCGAGAAUAAACCCAUAGACCUGAAGAAGCUGGAAGCGCCACACUUACCUGGAGGGGGCGGCACAGAGCGUUUACCUCAGGGGACACGAAGGGUGGCUUUCCUGGCCUGGGAGUUCCCUCAUUUUGCCUCCAGAAGCAAAGAACUACUGGGCCGCUUCGCCAUGCAGAAGCGCCACCUGCAGCUGGCCGGGUUUCUGGUAGUGGAGGUUCCCUAUUUCGAGUGGCUGGAGUUGAAGACGGAUUGGCAGCGAGUGUCCUAUCUGAAGGAUAAGAUCGGGAAGGCUGUGGCAGAGGACAUGGUUAAGUGAGCUUAUGGAUUGCAGCGCAUCCAUAGACCAAAGCAGAACUUUCGAAACGAACAGCAUGGCAAAUCAAGUUUGGGCACCGAGUUGUUUAGAUCCAACCAGAUAUUGAAGAAUCAUUGAUGAAUUCACCAAUAACAAACAGACAUGGGCAAGAUCUUCAUGCAGAAAUGAUGCAACACUCGUCUUAAUUCAUCGCUAAGUUCUAAUUAUGAUGCCGUAAAAUAAUUUAUUAGUAUUUAUGAGUAUCAGAGGCUCCGAGCUAUGGGUGGAACGUCUGCAUUCUCUAUACUACUCUGUUGAAAUCUGAAGCUCAUUUCUAAAAUUUCAAGCUGUGAUUGAAAACGAUGCAUAUGACGUUAUCAGUUUUACAGAUUAAUUACAGUGAACGACUUUUAUCGGCGCACCGUUUUAAAUGUGAAUACAUCAGUUGAACAGAUUCAGCUUCAAGCAUCAGAUAAACAGACUUCAUACUGUAUGUAAUAACCAGCCAGACAAAACAAUCAGUUCUGCGAGUCUUUUAAAAAACUGUAAAGGAUGUCUCUUUGGAGAACUCUCCUUACACUACUAAUAAACUCCCACUUACCAGUUGUGAUGUGGUUGCCUAGACAACAGGAUGGGGCUUUCCUUGUUGCCAAGGAGACAGUCGUGGAGGCUGCUUUAAGACAGAAUGGGGUGUGCUCAGACCCAAGAGUUUGAAACAUUUACAAAACAUGCUUUUUACACAUGAAAUGUGAGAUUCAGUCGUCUUUGUGAAGUGCUGCGUAUGGACAGAAUAAAAUGUUAUUUAAACUGG